ACAUUAACCAGGUGCGAUCCUUAUCCGCGUUGCCCUGCGCGCCUCUGCUUUGCUUGCUUUGCUUUGCUUCCGAGUCGAUCCUGCCCUGAACCUGCAGAAACCUGGCAAGAUGCAACUUGGAAACCUCUGACCGGAACAAACUUAAGCCUGGGGUCGGGGAGAGAAAUCUAUCCUCCCAGGACUUCCCGGUCUCCCUUUCCUGGGCUGUUCUGGGUCUGGGGUCUUCUCCGAGCGCCUUCCUUGGCCCGGUGCGGUGCUCUUCAGGCUCCCCCCUCUUCUCUCUCUCUCUCUCUCUCUCUCUGUUUCCCUCCCUCUUUCCCUGGUCUCUCCUCCUCCCCAUCCCCUGCCGAUCACUCUCUGCCUCUCCUCUCUUUCUCCUCCUCCUCCUCUGGCUCCUCUCUUUCUCCAUUUGAAGGUGCUCAGGGACCGGGGAGGGGGUCUUUCCUGGACCGAUUUCUCUCCCCUCCUGCCUCCGACCCCAUCCCCGAUGCCAUGGCCGGGAGCGAGUGGGACUGGUUUCAGCGGGAGGAGCUGAUCGGGCAGAUUACGGAUCUCCGAGUCCAAAACCUCCAAGUGGAGAGGGAAAAUGUUCAGAAAAGAACUUUCACCCGAUGGAUAAAUCUGCAUUUGGAAAAGUGUAGCCCCCCUCUGGAAGUGAAAGAUCUGUUGGUUGACAUUAAAGAUGGCAAGAUUUUGAUGGCUUUACUAGAAGUUUUGUCUGGACAAAAUCUGCUGCAUGAGUACAAGCCUUCAACCCACCGUAUAUUUCGACUGAACAACAUUGCAAAAGCCCUAAAAUUUUUGGAAGACAGCAAUGUAAAGCUGGUUAGCAUUGAUGCAGCUGAAAUAGCAGAUGGAAACUCCUCUAUGGUAUUAGGGCUGAUAUGGAACAUAAUCUUGUUUUUUCAGAUUAAGGAACUUACAGGCAACCUCAACAGGAACUCUUCUUCUUCUAGCCUGUCAUCGGGGCCCAGCGGCCCUGAUUCAGACACCUCCCAUCCCAACACGCCUAAUGUGGAGAAAAACAUGUCUGUUGGAGUUAAAGAUCAGCGGAAAGCCAUCAAAGCCAUUUUAACCUGGGUUCAAAGGAAAACAAGGAAGUAUGGCGUUGCAGUUCAGGACUUUGCCAGCAGUUGGCGAAGUGGCCUUGCAUUUCUGGCUGUGAUCAAAGCAAUAGAUCCUAACUUGGUGGACAUGAAGCAAGCUUUGGAAAAAACAUCCCUGGAAAACUUAGAGGAUGCCUUUACUAUUGCACAAGACUAUCUUGGUAUUCCUAGAUUGUUGGAGCCAGAAGACAUCAUGGUUGAGUCACCCGAUGAACAGUCGAUUGUGACCUAUGUGGCACAGUUUUUGGAGCAUUUCCCAGAACUGGAAAGGGAAGAUUUUUCAGAUCCAGACAAGGAGUUUCCAGUUGAAUCUACUUAUGUCCAUGUCAAAGAGUCACCAGGGGAUGAAAUACAAGGGAAGGUUUUAAUUCUGAAUGAAAAUGGAGAGCACACAUAUACUCCUGUCCUAAACAGAAGCCACUCACCACCUCCCAAAAUCCACAUCCUGAGUUUACCCCUUGAUCAGGAGAACCAAGAACGUAAUGAUAAUCAGGAUCACUCACUGUCUAAUCACCCAGAGACUUUGAGAGGAGAACUCCAGAGGCCAAGCUCACUGCCAAUAACAGAACCUAUUGGUUUUCAGACUGGUCCUAAUGCUGACAUUCUCACCAAAAAUGUGAACAGAUCUGAAGGGAAUCAACGGAGGAUGAGUGAACCCCUGACACACAAUGAGGACCAUUCCCCAACCAUUCUUAUGUAUCGCACCCACUCUCUUGAACCAGUUGAAACUGAAGAGUCAAAAUCAACCAGCGAAACAAAAGAAACACCCGAGAGAAGGACUCGUUCCUUACCUUGGACUUCAAAUUCACCUAAAAACAUACGAGAGCAUCAAACAAAGGACCUUGAGCAUCCAAUUUUAGAUUCUCAGGAGGAAGAGAGUGCCCAUAAAUAUGUAUUACAAAUGUUGCAUGAGGAAAUAUCAAAGUUUCCAGAAAAUCAUGAGCAUGCAAAGCAAGUGGCAGACAAGAACAAAAUGCCUAAUUCUUGCCAGGAAAUAGAUGAACCUGACUUCAGUGAUACUUCUGAGGCAUCGUGUCCAUCUGAAUGUUUUUCUUUACCAAUCAGAAACACUCCCAAGAGCCUGGAUAUUACCAGCGAAGAUGUGCCAGUGAGUGUGAAGCCACCAAAUUCUUCUAAAGUUUCUGUAAUUCCCCAUGACCUCUUCUAUUAUCCACACUAUGAUGUCCCCAUUUCAGAAGUGUUGGAUGCCUUUGCCACACCAGACCAAGACUUAGACCCAGAUCCAUCCCUUUCAGAAAACAAUAAAAUCUGUGCUGAGCUCAUAGUAAAUUGUUUAGCUGAAAAAGAGACACAUAGUCUAAACUUUGAGGAGGGCAUUUCUAAGUUAAGCCUAUACACCAAAGCACCAGCAACAGCAGAGGAUAAAGGACUAGAAAAGCAAAAGAAAGAUUCUCAUAAGAAGUCUUCUCAUAGCAAGGCUAUGCCUGCAGGGAAGACUGUGUGCCUGAAAGCAAACAGCAGUGUAUCCUCUGCUGAGAAAGAUUCUGGUCACCCAGCUAUCCCUGUGAUUGUGGUGAACGAGUUUGAUACUGCAGCUGAAGAAAGAAAACCGCCAGAAGAAAAAAGUAAAAAGAAAGAGAAACGGAAAAACAAGGCAAUUUUACAAGGAGAAAACCCCCAGAGUCCAAAAGCUUGCUCUACUCGGUUACUAGAUAAGCAAGAAGAUGAACCUAUGGAUCAUCAGGGACUUUCAAGAAUUAGCCAUAGUGAUCCCAAUGUUGUUUUCCAAAGAUAUGUUUCUGAUUCUACCUGUAAGGAAAAUGGUGGUGCUGAUCUACAGAUGAGCACAGCUGCAAGUGAAAGCACAAAUCCUUCUAUCAGGAAGAGAAAAGACACUGAAAAGAAAGAAUCUCCAGAAAAGUCCAGCUCACAUAUUACUUCUUCACGGACAGACCAACCUGAGCUCUUUUACUUCAUAAUUUUCCUGUGGAUACUUGUCUACUGCUUAAUGCUCCUUCCACAGCUUGUUAGCAGCACACAUUGAUCUCUGUGAGUGAGUCAGAAUAAUAAAAGAUAGCAGCUUGAUGUGUUUUUGUUUAUGUAUCCCCUAAAUCCUUUCCCUCAGGAAAAAGACACAUCAGCCGAAAUGGCAGGGUCUGGGGUCAGACCCCAAGAAGAACCCUGCGGGAUCUGACCAAAGGCCAAUCUAGGCUGGUUUUGUCUUCUCAGGGUGGACAACCAAAUUUCUUUGAGGGGCCCACAGCAGGACGAGUAAAAUAGCACUACCCUGCUCAGUCUCUAAGCAACUGGGCUUCAAAGAUAUAUUGCAUCUUAUAUCAGAGGUAACAGAGAGCCAUCACAAUUAGUAGCCAUUGAUAGCCAUAUUGUCUAUGAAUCUAGUCAGUCUCAUUUUAAAGCCGUCUACAUCAGUAAUUAAUUUUUAGCUGUCCUGAAUAUUCCACUUUUUGUCUUCGUUGGAUGCUUCCAAGCUCUACUAUUAUGAAGGAAAUAUCUCCUUAUCUUCUUUAUCUGCACAUCAUAUUUUAUAUACCUCUAUCAUUUUCUUUUCCUGGAAAAAAACCCGAGACAUUGAGACUUUCCCUGAUAGAAUUCAGAUUUCAUUCCAAGGGGGUUCUUAAUUUGUUUACUAUUGUAUCCUGUUAUAUUAUGAAGACCAGCACAUUUGACUUUGUGUACAUAUAUUAUAUAUUUAUAUAUUGAUAGAUAGAUCUAUAUAGAAUGAAGUCACUGGGCUGAUAAUUCACAAUUUUGUAUGUCUGUGCCUUGCUUUAUAGGAUGCUAAAAAUGUCUAAUCUUUUAGGGGGAAAUCUAGAUUUAGUGUGUUCUAGUCCUCAAAUUAUUCUCAUAAUUCUAAUUUAUCUACAGCUAUGGAAUUUGCCAAAUGCAUAUGUGUUUAUGUAUGUAUGUGCGUUUUUUUGUUUUUUUUAAAGUUAGCUUCCUAGUAGAUAUUUCUGGUUGGAAAAAGUUGCCAUUCUUUGAUUAAAAUUAUGGAUUUUUUAAAUUGUUAUCUAGCAUGUUCAGCAAGUUAAGUUAUGACAGAAAAAUCAGGACUGGUCAUAGGGUUCGUUAUGUUAGUAAUAUGUACUGUGAUUUAAGACUACAAUUUAGCCAUCUUGAUAUAUGAGAAGUAAAUAGAUAUUCCAGGUAGAAACAAAAGUGGAGGAGGAAUCUGAUUCAUUUUCAGUGAAAUGUGUAGGGGGGAAAUCUUGUGUCUUUGAGUUAUGAAUGGGAGGGAGAGUGAGGGCAGCAACCCCUAUUUUGAAAUGCAAUGUUCAUGAUGCUAUGUUUUAUAGAUGGGCAGUGGCAUCCUAUCUAUCAAGGAGAACCAACAUGGUUUAGUGGUUUGAGGUUGAAUUAUGACUAUGUAGAACAUUGGGCGACCUGGGCAACUCACAAAGCCUUAGAAAAACCCAUGGCCGUUCCAUCACUAUAAAUCAGAAAUGACUUGAAGGCACACAGUAACAAUAGCAACAUCCUAAUUCAGAAGGUGUUCUCUCUCCAUGGUAUGACUGGGGAUCAUGUGGUAUGUAGGUUCCACCCAGCUCUUACAGGGAGGGUUCCAUAUGUCCCUUUGGUCACUGUAGACCUAUCCAUUGUUGGGGCGAGGGAGGUGCAAAUUAGAUUCCAGGUGCCCUAUUUUAGCUUCUAAAUUGUGCUUCCUCAUCCCUGGAAUAGCAAAAAACUGGAAGUCACUUCUAAUCACUACUAAGUGUCCAUGUAUGGCUUGAUAUAGAUUCAGAAGAGCCAAAAAUACCUCUGAUCUGUAGCACAUCACUGCUUCAAUUCUAGAAGUCAGUAUUGGCUAUGAAACUCCAACCAAAAUACCCUCUUGGGCUGGUUGAUCUUCUCACAGAGCACCCAAAACAUCUCUGCUAGCUAAGAUCCGCAGACAGGUAAGCCAAAAAUAUGUCAGAUGAAAGCAAGAGUGAAAACAGCUUAAUUCCAAACUCCUUCAACCCAGCAACAUAGCCAGAAUGCCAGUUCACAUACUGAGAUACUCUUAGUGUGAUUUCUAGUUUCACUUACAGAAAGAUUUGAGUGGAAUACAGCUUUCACUAGCUGAUGGCCAUCUUGGCCUGAUAGUAUAAUGCUUCAAGCCAGGAACAGAUAAUUUGUUGUCUUGAUGCUAACAUAUUAAAAGCAAUUCAAUCCAUGGAAUUUCCAAGGUAAUUACCCAGCACCAGAGCUGCAGUGUGACUUAUUUGUCCCGCUGAACUGCAGAGCUGUUUGCCUAAGUAUUCCUACAUGAAUGUGUAUCAGCUCAACAAACACAGGCUGAAAAAACAACUAGUUGUCUUUUGAAGAUUAAGAAUGCUCAGAAAAAAAUUCAGAAUGUCCUCAUGCUGGCAUUAAGAAUGUAAGAAAUGUAGUGCUGGAACAGUCCAGGGUCCACCAGGUCACCAGUUUGGCUCCCAGCUUCAGGCAGCUAGAUGCUUACAGACAGCUUAGAAAAGGUACAUGAAAGCAAUAGCCAUCAUUGCUCUGUGCAUCUGAUACAGCAAGGCAGAUUGCCAACUAAAUGUCUGGCCGAACUAGAUUUAGUCUGCAGCCCUUAAGCCCAUUAUUUGCUUCUUGAUAAACAGCUGAUCCAUACUGUGAAGCUUCUUUUAGACUAAGGAUGGUGAACACAUUCCUAUUAGACCAGGGCCCACUCUUCUAAUGUGAAAUUCUUGUAGCUGGAACAUGCCUAAACUUUCUGAUUUUCCACCUCCACUGUGUGAUUGAUCUCUACCAGUACAAUGAAAAAGAUGGAGAAUCAGUGACAUGUCUACCUCCAUUCGAGGUAGUCAUAUGUAAGACCAGGUCUUGGACUGAGACAGGUGCUACUGUUGCCUUGGGUUUCCUUGCAAUUGGCGUACAAAAUAUCACACUUUUCCCUUUGGGUCUGUCCAUGCAAUUUCAGAUUACUUGAUCCAUCAAAUUUUUCCUGAAAUACAUUCCCAAUGCCUGGUCUCUGCAAAUGAAAGCCAGACUCCUUGCUUUCUUUCUGCAUCAGAUUAGCACUGCAGUAAGAGACCUUCACUGAAUAACAUAAGUCAGUCAUUUUUGUGUCAUACACUUCUGGUUUUGUCCAGUGUCCUGAUCACCAAAAGAAAUUGUUCAGAAAUUGUAUUUGUCUACAGCUCUUCCUGCCCCCCAAGCUGGCUGUGAGUCACAUUGUUUAGAAUUGGAAGCCAUCUAGAAAGAGCAGCAUGGCACUUUCAAACCUGUUUGCCUCCGUGCUUGAUGUGAUUGAUAGCCAUCCAAAAAGAUUUCCUCUGUUAGGAAAAUAAGGAUAACUAUAUAUUAUUAUUCCCUCAUCCCUAGUGUUCUUUUUAACAUUCCAGAGCCAUUCAAACAGGAGAUUCCUCAGAUCAAACCCUGCAUAGUUUGCAGCCACUGCCCCAAAUGACAUGCAGUUAGUAGAAUACAAGGGUAGUGAAUAGCCUUUCUUCUGUCUCAUAAGAAGAAAAAUAUGUUGUGUUUUCUGAAAAUGAAUAAUUAUUUGACAUUGCAGGUAGAGUAUCCCUUGUCCGAAAUGCUUGAGACCAAAAAGUACUUUGAAUUUUGUUUUUAAAAGGAGGAUUUUGGAAUACCUUUACAGUAGAGUCUCACUUAUCCAAGCUAAAUGGGCCGGCAGAAACUUGGAUAAACAAAUAUCUUGGAUAAUGAGGACGGAUUAAGGAAAAGCCUAUUAAACAUCAAAUUAGGUUAUGAUUUUACAAAUUAAGCACCAAAACAUCAUGUUUUACAACAAAUUUGACAGAAAAAGUAGUUAAUAUGCAGUAAUGUUAUGUUGUAAUUACUGUAUUUACGAAUUUAGCACCAAAAUAUCACAAUAUAUUGAAAACAUUGACUACAAAAAUGGCUUGGAUAAUCCAGAGGCUUGGAUAAGCGAGGCUUGGAUAAGUGAGACUCUACUGUAUUUGCAUAUAAACACAUAAUGAGAUAUUUUGGAGCUGGGAUCAAACUCUAAACAUGAAAUUCAUUUAUGUUUGAUAUACAGCUUUUCAACAUAGCCUAAAGGUAAUUUUAUAGAUUAUAUUUUUAAUAAUUUUGUGCAUUAAAUGAAACUUGUGCACACUGAACCAUCAGAAAGCAAAGGUGUCACUAUCUCAUCUGUCUAUGUUAAGGGUGUCAAACUCAUUUUCACCAAAGGCCACAUCAACCUUAUGGUUUCCUUCAAAGGGCCGGUUGUAAUUGUAAGACUGUAUAAAUGAAAUUCUGUUGGUCUGGCAUGGAAAGCUUCACAGGCCACAUAAAAUGACAUACUGAGUUGGAUUUGACCUGUGCGCCAUGUAUUUGACAGGUGUGGUCUAUGUGGAUACGUUUAGAUUUCAGAGUAUUUCAGAUUUUGAAAUUCUAGACAAGGGAUGUUCAAGCUGUACCAGCAUCAUACAGGCCUCAUCCCAGAUGUCAGUAUUCCAGAUAACUUUGCAUAGUAUUGCAAGCUGCACUCUUUGAUGGGGCCAAUAAAGACUGUGACAUUAUUAAAUCUCUUCAGCUCUCCAAGCAGCACUCUCUAAAUGUGGGAGGUCGAAAUUGAAUUGUUACUCAUAACUUGAAUCAAUGAGAACUUGGUAAAUCAACUUUGAUGUGAGUUCGAUUAGAGCAGGCAUUGACAAACUGCAGCCUUCCAGGUUUUUUGGAUGUCAAUUUCCACAAUGCCUAACAGCCAGUAGGCUGUUAGGAAUUGUUGGAGUUGAUGUCCAAAACACCUGGAAGUUUGCCCAUGCUUGCAUUAGUGUUCUACUUUAGCUGGAACUAACAAUUGUAUUAAAUUCGUAGGUUCAAUCCCUAUCAGUGCCGUCCAUAACAGCCCGUAAUUGCCGAGAUGCAGGGAGUUGUGUAAAAAAAAUCAGGCUACAUGUAUAAGCUAUACAUGAAACAUAAAUGAAUUGAAUCCUGUUCAACUAUAUUGUAACCUUAGAUGCAAACGUGAAUGCCCAAAAUAAAAAAUGCAACCCUCCUUUGGGGUUUCCUCACCCACUGGACCAAACCAAUAACGUAUAGGGAUUAAAGCGAACUACUGCUGCUGCCUCUUCUAGCUUGUCUGCUUUAUUCUCAUUAAUACCUUUUGCCAUCUUGACCACAUUGAUGCUGCUCAGUAGAAGGAAAACAACAAUUGCUGGAGUUUCAGUUUUACAAGGUCUGUAGCCAAAUAGUGCCUGUACCUUGCCCAAACUACAACUCCAGUGAUUCCUUGGCAUUUAUCCAUGGCAGUUAAAGAGGGAUGUUAAACCACAUUAAUUCUACAGUGUAGCUGCAUCCCGAGUCACCUAGCCUCCCUUAACAGAGCCUGAGAGUGGCCACUAAAAAAGCCCUCACUCAAACCUUGAGAAGACAUAUCUCCAGUGCCGAUGGGAUUGAAAGAAGGGCUGCAAAUGAAGACUUUUAAACACAGGCAGACAGCUAAACUGCCUCAUCAUCCUUGGAGGAAAAGUGGGAUAGAAAUAUAAUCAACAAAUAGAGUUAAACUGUUUUCUGGAUAGAACUACAGUCUUGCAAAUUCCUUCUCCAUUGUACACUGCAGUUCAUGUAGUAGGUUGGUGUCCUAUACACAUUUCCUGGGAAGAAAAACAGCCUGAAUUUUCCAGGACAUGUGACUAAAUGUGAAUAGGACAGUACUGUUAAUGCUGAUUACUUGACUCUAUAAACUACUAGUAACAUUUGACUUAAUUAAUUUUACUUUGGUCAGGGAAAUAUUUGAACAUUUUUCUUGAGAUGGGACAAUCUAAAAGAUGGAUUUGCUGAGGAAAGUAUGUAUUUAAAAGCACAGAAAUAGGUUAGCACAUUACAUAUUUCGGGUAUAUUUUCCUAGUCAGACUAUACACUGAAUGUUUGCACUUAGUCUCAAACAUAUUUUUUAAAAUAUGAAAUGUUUUAUGUACGGCUGAAACAAAAAGCAAAGAGUUUUUGGAGGGCUGGUGAACGGUUAAUUUUUUAAAUGAUGCAAUAGAGAACAGCUUGAAACUGUAUUUUCUAAUGCCACAAAUUUUGAAAUAAAUGGAUGGAUUUUCUGUAUGAGA